CUCCGCCGUGGGCCUCUGUAGUUUUAUCUGCGUGUUCUCGGUUCAGAAAAGGAAAUGGUUUUUCGUUCUGUUUCCCUCCAUCACUUCCUCACCUCUGCGACGAAGACGAGCUCCUGCACCCGGGAUUCAUGGGAAGAAGAAGGAGGCCGUCGAGCUGAAGGCUUUGGAGUCGGAGCCACAGGCGCAGCUGCUCAGGAAAGGUGAUUCCAGAGAAUCUGUAGAAACCGGAACAACGUGAGAUCCACAGCGCCCCCUGCUGCAGACAUGAUGACCGAGGAGGUGCUGGAGGACAAGGAGAAGCUGAAGCAGGGGCUGGUGAAGGUUCUUCAGUGUGUGGCGACCAUCUCUUCCGCCGCCGCCGUGGUGAACCCGAUCUUCGGCGUGGCCGGGUCUCUGAUCCGCGUGGUGCUGCACCACAUCGACGACGAGGACAUCCGCACGCUCAAGAGAGAGUUCGGCUCCGUGAACCGCGCCCUGGACGAAAUCACCCAACAGAACCGCAGCACCCUGCACCAGAUCACCAAGGAGACGGUGGACGGGCAGUACGGCCGCGUGGAGGAGAACAUCAGGAACCAGUUCAGGAAGUUCAUGGAGAUGGUGGAGGCGCGACCCGACCAGCGCGAGCGCAAGAAGGACGACUUCGAAGACAGUUACAGCAACGACCUGGGAGACCAGAACCUCCACACGCUGUACGACGGCGUGGUGGGCACGCCAAAGCUCUUCAGCAGACCCAUCCUGGAGGUCUACCUGAGGCACAGCCAGGGCGACAGGUGCACCAUGGAGCGCCUGUGCACCCGCCUCACCUACCUCUUCUGCAUCGGCCUCAUCGCGCUCAUGGGCUACGCCGCCGUCAUCGGAGACGACGAGGAGGGUCUGACCGAGGAGUGGGCCGAGAAGAUGGAGCACGUCCAGGAGAAGAUGCAGGAGGCUCUUCGCCGCUGCCACUGACUCUCACAUUCCCCUGAGGACGUCCUGCGCCGACCGCAGCCCUGCACCAGGGGGCAGAGCCGAGCGGCUGCUCCUGUCACCUCCUGUUACUGACCCGGGACUUUCACUUCUGGCUCUUCUUCGUUUGGUCUGACGACACUUUUCUGUGUCUGACCUUCAUCUGUUUUCUCUUUUAUAUUUACGAGAAAUGUUCCUCUGCACGUUCCGCCGCCUGUGCCUCAAUAUGUCUCUUUUUAUAUUUGUUAUUUUUUUUUACUUCUUGUAUUAUAUAAUAAAGCUGUGCAUAAAGAUCAGACUUUAGUUUCUGCAGAUUUUAUCACCAUCAUGUUUAAAAGUGUGGAGUUUAUUUUGUCUCGACAUGAUUCUCGCUGCUCGUGUCUCCGUGUGAGACGCUCGGCCUCUGUACAGACGCACUUCAAUAAAUCUAUAAAUAAAUAAAAACUGUAUGAAAACGC